CUACAUUCCCACUAUAUAAAUCAAGUGAACUUCCAAACCAAAAACCCACUAAUCAUCUUCUAAUUCUCUAGCUUAAUUUACUUAAUUCUUCUCCAUUUAAUUUUAACAAAUUUAUUUUAUUCUUUGUUUCAUUUUUAUUUCAAUAUGUUAGGCAUUCGCAAGCUCUACCAAUUGCUUGUAAGCAAUGUUGUAAUACCUUCUCUAGGAGUAGUCCCUCACUCAAACGUCCGAAACUCGAUUUCCAACCCUACCCUCCCAACCCCUUGCAAGAUAAAUGCGGUUCAAGCCCACGAGUCGAGGGCAAAAGCGUUAAUAACCGUGUUUGGCAUGGACAAAGAUGGAAGAAUAGCUAAAGAGAAAGCGUGCAAGGUGGUUAAACAAUUAGGGUUAGUCAAGGAAGAAGAAGAAGAAUCGAGUUUCGAUAUAUUAGAGGAAGAAAUCGAGGCGAAUGAGGUUCUCAACGAGCUCGAGGAAGAAGAGAAGAGAGAAAAACAACAACUUCUUAGACAAGCUUUCACGGUGUUUGAUGAGGAUGGUGAUGGUUUUAUUGAUGCAAAGGAGAUUAAGAGGGUUUUGGUGUGUUUAGGGUUGGAUAAUGGAUGGGAUUUGAGUGAAAUUGAGAAAAUGAUUAAUGUUGUUGAUCUUAAUCUUGAUGGAAAAGUUGAUUUCCAUGAAUUUGAGUUGAUGAUGGGUUAAUUUUCAUAUUCAAAUUAAUUUGUUACUUCUUUUGUUAUUGUAAGAUAUAUCACAAGCUUAACAUAA